AUGGUACGAAAGGAGUAUGAUCAUAAGGCUACGUUAGUGGAUGGAUUACCGGUGUUAUAUUGUAAGUUUGGCAAGAAUAAACCCUGGGUUAACAUUACCAAAAAAAGGUUCAGUAUUACACUUUUAUCUCUUCUUGACUCCAACAAUCGUAUGCAUAGUAUUUCAGAGUGUGAGAUAACAAUUAACGAGUUGGUGGUAAAAAUACUGUUAAACUUUGAUGUAAGCCAAAUUUUAUUUAAAAAUGAGAUAAUUUGGAAGUUUUAUUACUGUUUCUGGUCUGGGUAUCCGAAAUAUAUCCAGUUUGACCUUGUGAAAAACAAGUUUACCUUAGUGUUUGACCAUGGAAUUGAGAGGAAGUUGGAGACUAUGUACACACUUGUAGGUCGUGAGUGUGGCGGCACCUUGGAAAUCGACAAGUAUGAAAGUAAAGGUAGUUUACUCCGCAGUUUUAUCUUUAAGGAGAAGUUCAAUGUCAUAGGUAAUGGAGUUGAUGAUGUUUGGGAGCGUUUACCAGGUGAACCUUAUCCCAAGAGGAUGAUGAUAGAUGAUGAAACUAAUGAAAUUGUCAUCUUCUGUGAGGACAGAUACUUUGUAGUCAGGAGAGAACACGGAACAAUCUCACGUGAUCAACAUGAAUUAACACAACUCCACAAAGAUAUACUCAAUCUAUUCGAUCGUAAACACAUACUCGAUUAA